CGCAAGCUUAGUUCGUUUUGUCUUACACUUUCUAAAAAUUAAGGGUAUACUUUCCUGCACACGAACAAUCCACAUUAAUGGAAGAUUUUCAAACAAUUACCUCCAUCCAUUUGAAUACGAUUGUCCAGCUACCGGAUGUAAUAUCGUGGCAGUUAACGGAACGUACAAACAGCUGGAUCAAUGUCCACUGGUUGGAAAAUCGUGUACAAACCAAGCUGAGAAAGGCUGAAACGACGUACGCACAGGCAGGAUUAGACAGAGAAGAUUCGUACUACAUCCAGGCGUGCUUCCGAAGUCUGCCCGAUCCGACCGAUUUGGAUUUGAACAAGGCAUGCAAACUGUUAAACGAUAAAAACAAAGAGAACGACAUUUCAAAGCGUCCGCUAGUGUACUACAAUGGUCACUCAGUUGAGCAGUCCGAUUCGGGAGUGAAACAGUUCUGGUUGAACGAUGAGGGAUAUUCCGGAAAAGUAAAACAUAUUAAUAUUUCGGAGGUUCAACAAUGGCUCGAAAUGCCGGCUAUUUUUGUAUACGAUUGCGAUUCACCUGGGCGAUUCUUGGAGGGUCUUACGACGGAAACCGAAAAUCUUCACUUGGUAAGCUGUGGAAUUCAUCAGCAAUUUACCUGUCCACAAAGAGAUUUAUUCAGUCGCGUUUUGGCACGACCUGUGCACACAGCCCUGGAACAGCAUUGCGUGAAACUGGAUGUAGUGCUUGAGAGGGAAAGGAUGGACACUUUGCUAGGAAAUAUUAAGAAUAAAAAAUCGCUGCUUGGUCAAUUGUACUGGAUUCUUACGCUUUUAACAGACACCAUCGCGUACAGCGCACUCUCAGGGCAACAUUUUAAAGGAUUUUUUCGCGAUGAUUUGCUGACUGGCACAUUGUGGAGAAGAUUUAUCCUUGCGCAAAAAACUUUAAAGGUUUACGCGUGCUUGCCAAUGUCGCACCCUCCUUUACCCGAUUGCAGUGAAAAUAAAUUGUGGUCACUAUGGGACAAUGCUAUCAAUACUGCCGUGAAACUUCUUCGGUUUGAGGACAAGCAAGAAAACACUCUUGUUGAUGAUUUUUUCCAUGAUGUAUUAUCGUACUCAGGCGAAGAGUAUUUGCCGCUUGUUGUGGAAGCUCUGCAAAAUUCAAAACAUUCUUCAAAUGCCAUGGACGUUCUGCAACUCAAUUGGCCAACGGUGCGAGACAAUGCACAACUCUUGGGUAAUAUGAUGAACAAACUUACCAGGUUGCUCAUUUCGGAAAAUGCCGAAAUCUUCAACAGCUCAGUUGAAUUGCUUGUUCACAUCUUUCGUCAGAACCUUGCCCUGGGGUGCCAUUUGCCGGCAUUCUGUUGCAGCCAUCUAUACAAAAGCCUUGCUAUUGAAACAAAUGACGACCAUAUUUUGAAGCAACUCUUUCUACAGGUGACGAUGCUGAAACAUUCUCCCGAAAACACAUUUGCCGAUAGAGAGGUAUUGUCCAAAUUUUUUGAUCAUCCUAUUGCGGAAAUUCGAAUGUUGGCUUUGAAUUUGAUUUCGAAUAUGAGUGAAAAGUGGUCGUCAGAGCAACUGAAACAAUUGCACAAUCUGUUGUAUGACUAUAGUCCAAAAGUUCGUGCUUCAGCUUUGAGAGCUUGGCUUACCGCGAAUAUUACCGCCGUUCAAAGUGACUGCGUUAGCGAUAAAAUCCUCUCAAUGAUUCUUGAUAACUCACGCAACUUGUUGAUGCGCAGAGAAUUGAUGUACGAAUUGAGUUCGAUUGCAGUCGAAAAACUCUCAGAAUUAGUCGCUGUUUCCAAACAUGACUCGUUUAGUUCUUGCGAAAUGACGAAAAUCAGCAAGAAUAAAAAUAAGUCCAAACAGAAAAAGAUUGACUCAACUGCAAUGGUCAAAGUGUGGCGCAUGAUCUUAACUCUAAGUUCAGACCCUGACCCAGAGACAGCGUCCACAAUGCAAGCUGUAGUUUCUCUGGUGAAGCAAAGGUCUCUCGAAAUCGAUGCUGGAGGCAAGAAAACAGCAAAAAAGAAGGCGGUGAUUGAUAAAAAUCCAACUUCACUCUCGGCUCGCCGACAGCCUUAUCUCGAUCAGGCAAUUCGAGAACUUUUUGUAGAGCCCUCUCAAACUGCUGUCCCGGUGGCAAAUGGUGUUUACUCGCUGGAUGUUUCAGAAGAUGGUCCGAUAAAACAUCAACUGCGAUGUUUCCAAACGCAGCGCGCUCCAGAGUUGAUUCACUUUGGGCCCCACCAUGAGUUGGCGUUUGCUUACAGAGAUCGUGUUGUUUGGCAGAACUUUGCCGACGAUUGCAGCUACAAUCUCAAGCCUGCCGCUAGUACUAGUGAUUCCAGUACGACCGUUUCUAGUCUUCUAUUUUUGGAGCCUGUAGCAUCACCGGUUCAGCUGCUUGUUGGUCACAGCAAUGGCGUAGUACGGGUUUGGCAGUCGAACGUUUUGAUAGCCGCUUGGCAAGCGAUGUAUGACCUAGACUGUUCCGUUUCAUCGAAGUCAAAGGUCACAACCAAAGGCCUUCUACUGAGUGCACUCGGUAAGACCGAGUUAGUAACAGCCGGCGACUCUAAGCAGCUACGGGUUUGGGAUUUGUGUAGCGAAAUGAUGAGUGCAGAUAUAUCAACUGGAACAGAUCAAUCAAUCACUGCUAUAGCAAGUCAAAAUCGUCAGAAUGUUGUCGCUGGUUUCGCAGAUGGUUCAAUGCGUAUAUUUGAUUUACGAACCGCUGCUGCAGGUGGCAAAAUGACGGUUGCGGUAAAACACUCCAAAUCUGUGUGUACUAUCAGCGUUCGAGAAGACCAGUUUAGGGUGAUCAGUGCUUGCGCUGCUGGGACCGUCAAUGUGGUUGAUUGGAGAAAACCCCUCAACCCUGUAAAGAGUUGGACCUACGAUCAUGCCGUUUCGGAUAUAGCAAUACAUGAGAAUUUGCAGUUGAUUGCUGGUGCCGCAGAGGCUUUAGAUGUCCGUACGAUUCAUGGAGAAGAACUGUAUACAGUACAGCGCCCGGAGAGCGAUGGAAGUGUUCCAGUUGAUGGAGCUAAGAAGCGACCCCCUUCCAGUGUGGCAUUUCAUGCUUCAAAGGCGUUGAUAUGUUGUGGGUACAAGGACAAUACUGCGGUACUGUAUGGAACUCGAGCGAUUAAUAUUAGUGAAGACUAACCUCGUUGUUCACGUUGUUUCGUUUUUUUUUGUUUGACAUUCAAUUCGUUGAAUCGAUUCAAUUUUAAUUUAGUUUAAUAAGGUCGUAUUAACUCGUUAAUACUAUUAUUUCACUUUUUUGUUUCCCCCGAGUGAUAUAACAUAAAAAACACUUCAACUUUGUUUUUAAAUAGAGAAAAACUUUUAGGUUAGGAAGUUUAA